AUGACGGCAGAAGAAAACCAAUACGGCCCAGAAGAGCUGCUCCUUUUCUCGAACAAUUCACUGGACAUUCGAGGCGGGUUUCAGCCCGAAAGGAGCGCGGGCGAAACCGCAGCUAACACGCCUGUCGCAGAUACACCUGUGACUUUAAAGAACAACAAAGUCUCAACACCGACAGCUAUGAAUGAGCUGUUGGCGAUGUUGGAAGACAACUCGAUGCUGAGCCAGCUGUCUUCAGGAGGCGAGUCGCAACAGCAAACCGGUAGUAAUACCAACAGCAACAGCAACUCCACCGGGCUCUCGCCACAGCAGAUUUUGCAGGAGGGCGGCGCCGCUGGCGGCGGUGUGUUUCGGCUGGACGAGCAUUCAGUAACGCUGUCGCCAUCCAUCGACCCCCCCGUGUCUGAACAGCCCUGCAUCGACCCCAAUCUGCUCAGCAAUGCCAACUCCUACAUAGACACCGGUAUUGCAGAUGAUGGCCCCACUAUGGACUCGCUGCUGGAUGAUUUCACCUACAAGCGAAGGCCGAGUGAACUGGCAACCCCUUCAAUCCCUGCUCUCACGCAGUCUCGUGGCUCUAUCUCCCAUUCUAUCGAUUUCUGGAAUUUGCCGCACGACCGCGAGCAUCAAAAUCAGCGGUCUUUGGGACUACUGCCUUCUUCGUCUCUCAAGUCUCAGCGGAUACCCGAGUCACAGGGAGGUGUGUCCAAUGCACCUUUCAAGAUUGACAAUGAACUUACACAAUUGCUCAACGAUUAUAACCUAAGCUAUGCUCACCAGAAACCCGGGAAGGUAAGGACGAGCUCUUUCAACAACACCAACAAUUCAAGAAGAGGCUCCAUUUCCGAGCUGAACCGUGUACAGAAACAACGUGCCUCGAUGUCCCUGGUGGAUGGUAAUAACCCAGAGGUAAUAUCCAAACUGUAUGGGGACAUCUCAAACCAACGUCCAAAAGUAAGCACACUUUCCUGGGAAAAUGCAGUGAUGUCAGAUGAAGAUGACGAGGAAGACUCUGCUCUCCCUGCGCAAAGGUUUAUACAUCCGAAUAUGCUAAACAACGACGCAAAUCAUAGUCUGGACAACACCAGUUUUGACAUCGGCGGGGCCACAAAUGUAAACCCAAACCAGACUACCACAACAACUACAAAUUCCACCUCACCUCAAUCCUCGCAUUCCAGCAAUUUCAAGCGCAAAAGACAAUCCAUCUCUAAACCUCGACCAAGCAAGUCGUCAUCCCCCUUGGAUGAAGAGGAAAAGCCUUUUAAGUGCCAAGAAUGUACGAAAGCUUUCCGCAGGAGCGAGCACCUCAAACGACACAUACGAUCUGUUCAUUCCAGCGAGCGACCCUUUCAUUGUUCUUACUGUGACAAAAAGUUUAGCAGAAGUGACAAUUUGUCGCAACAUUUGAAAACACACAAGAAGCACGGGGACUUCUGA